CCAAAUUGUUUGCGUUUCUGUUAUCAGUUAGUGUAAAACACUGGUUUUACAACCGGCCACUCAUUGCAUUGAAAUUUACUACUACAAAAUAUGUUAUCUCAUGCGACUGUUGGAGCACGGCUGAAUAGACGAAAGAGGCCAAUUCUGAGAAAUUUAAUAUCCGGGAAUGAAAAUUACAGCUGCUCGCCAAAAACACCAGAGAACUCAAUGGAGCAAGUUUGGUCAAGAUGUGCAAACUUCGAGUUGAUACCAUCUCCUGAGGCUCUACCAAGUUACUUCUUGCUGCACAAUUUUGGAGAAGCUGAAGAUCCUGAAAAUGAUUUAUUGACCGAUCAGGAACUUUUAAAACUGAAUGGACCAAACCGAUUAAUUGCAUUUCUUGCCGAUCUUGCGAUGAAUGAGAAAGCUGGCCGAGCUCUACACUGGACUGGAAAUGGCUUGGAGUUUGUUAUUGUGAAUACCAAGCUGGUUUCAAAAUUAUGGGGAAAUCGAAAGCGUAAUACAAAAGAUAUGAAUUAUUCGAAGCUGUCGAGAGCCAUGAGGGACAAGUACAAGAGUGCAACAAGCGGAGGGCAAUUGGAGAAAAGGCCAGGACUUCACACCUACGCCUUCACUAUACAAGCUUACAAUGCUCUCAAAAAUCACACAGGAAAAAAUAUUGAAGAUCUCACAAUGUUUGCAAAAAAUGUUGGCAGAAAACGUCGGGAGGUUUUGACUGGAUAGACUUUUUUUCUAAAAUGUAUAUAAUGUGUAUAGUCUCCAUGUAUAGUUUGUAGUUUCAUUUCACAAUGUACUAGAAAAAUAAAUAUAAAAUCAAAUUUGCUGAUGUUUGGUGUCUGUACAAUUGUACCUCCUGGUACAUCAUUGUUUUGACUUUUCCUCACUUUUAUAUUAUAUAAUUGUAAUAAAUUAUUCACCAAUGUC